UGACUAACCUGCUCUGGUUCUCGGAGCUCGACUAACCUGCUCUGCCGCCGCUCGGAAGUUGUGACGUGUUCACGCCAGAAGCGGCUAGUGUAGCUAGCUAGGUAGAGCCGGGUAGUGACACAGCGGCCGCAUCAGAAUGUCAGAAGGAGACAGUGCUGGGGAGUCAAUCCAUGGGAAACCAUCUGUAGUUGCUGCCUUUUUCACAGGAAUUGGACAGGUCUAUCAGUCAUGGCUUGAUAAGUCAACGCCAUUCUAUAUUGUGAGAUGGGCACUCACUCUUCUACUUACUCUUGUCUACAUGAUCAGAGUGUACAUACUGCAGGGUUGGUAUAUAGUAACAUACGCCUUGGGAAUUUACCAUCUCAACCUGUUCAUUGCAUUUCUUUCGCCAAAAGUGGAUCCCUCACUGCUUGACGAAGAUGAGGGCCCAGCCCUUCCAACCAAGCAGAACGAGGAGUUCCGCCCUUUCAUCAGGAGGUUACCUGAAUUCAAAUUCUGGCACUCUGCGACAAAAGGCAUCGUCAUCGCCAUGAUUUGCACAUUUUUCGAAGCCUUCAAUGUCCCGGUAUUCUGGCCUAUACUUGUAAUGUACUUCAUCAUGCUCUUUUGCAUCACCAUGAAGAGGCAGAUUAAGCAUAUGAUCAAGUACAGAUACCUACCUUUCACACAUGGGAAGAGGACAUAUAAAGGCAAGGAAGAAACAGGGAAACCUUUUGCUAGUUAAAAUAAACUCCAACUUCUCUUUCAUCUUGGUUUCAUUGAAAAAAUUAUUUGUCACAUCUAGUAGGGAGUGACGAUAUAAGAGAUUUUUUUGACCUUUUUUUGUAAACUGGACAGUAACAUGAUAUGGAUUUUAAAAUAAAAAAGAAAGAAAGGAAAAAAAAUCCCAAAUUUUGAUCCAUGGUUCACAGUGUUGGAUGAGGAUUUGAGCAGCAUGGAUCAAAAUCAUAUGGGAAUACUACUUUGCCAAUUAAUUGUUUUUUGUUUUUUUUUUAAGUUUUGCAUUUAUUCAGCCGUAGGUGAGUCAUUGCAGCCUUUUGCCUUUUAACCCCAUUAGUUCAGUAAGUCAUCAAGAAGGAACCAAACUGAAAAAAAAGUUGCAGUAUUGAUCGUAAUUCCACUACACAGUACAGCUCCCUCUCCCAAUCUGUCAGCCUUUGAUCAUUAUAUUUUCCCUACUUAUUUGUGACAAAUUUAACAGUAUAUUUAAAGUCAAUUAAGUUUAGCUGCAGAAGAAUGUGACUUGUGUGGUGAAAUCUGAUGAAAAGUCUUCACGCUGAAUAAUUUAAUCUUUUGUAAAUAAAAAUGUUGCUGCUCUGAGUUUGACAGUGUCUUAGGCAGUUGCUCUCUGUACAAAAUGAAGAUAAUUGCAAGUAAUUGGUUAUAUUUCACAAAACAUAGGUUCAUGAUGAGGUGAAAAAUAUAAAAGCAUACAAAUUAAUCUCCUAAUCAAAUGAUAGUAUUCUGCACAAAUUAUAUUUGGUUUCUUCAUAAUUUGCCACAGUUAAUUAAUUGCAUCAUCUGGCUCUCACUUGUAUAGUAAGUGUCAUUAUUAAAGAUGUUUGACUAUAUUUUAAUCUUCAGCCCUUAACAACAUCAGUGAAUGUAUAAAUCAAGCCUUAUUCUAAGUCGUAUGUAGGGUGAUCUACCUUAAAUCAAUUAUUUCCACUCCGGCACUGUUGUAUAGUUAAGUGAAUGGGAGUCUGCUGGUGAACACCUGUCAAGUAAAUUCUUAAAAUAACUUUCUGGGUGUGUUUGAGUGAGUGGAAAUGACAUUUAUCUUAAGAUGACAAGUCAAUGAAUUUACUUUAUCCCAGAUUUGUACUCACUAUGUCAUUCAUUAUCAUUAUGUGGAGAAGUAUCGAAAAAUAUAGUUACUAAAACUAUUCUUAUUGAAUUCAAAACAUGGUCAGUCUGAGGUAAUGGUGAAGCAAACAAGUUUAUCCCAAGAACCUUUUCACUUGGGAACAUUAAUGAGAGUAAUGUUUGUUUUUUUCUGUUUAGACUAUCUGUUGUCAUACUUCAUAAUCUCUGUUUACUUUGAAAGAAAAAAGGUAAAUAUAGUCAUUCCAGCAAACGUCUUUUUUUUUUUUCUCCCCAGAGGAAACAUGAAAACAGAGACCUUUUAUUACAACAAGUGGAUGAAGUGGGUUGGGUCACACGUUCUUUUCUACGAACCAUUAAAUUUUCUUUCUUUCCCUAUUACAAUGCUUGGCAUCUGUCAUUACUAAACUGAUCAAUACUGUAGUAAGGGAUCAAAACAUUUUCCUGUAAAAAGAUUGUUUUUCAAAGCGUUGUCUGGAUUUGUGUAUAUACAGUAUAGAUAUUUUAAAGUAUAAUUUUGAGAUCAUUUUUAUUUAGUUUUUUUUUUUGUUUUUGUUUUUUUUUGUUUUUUUCUCUUCAGCCAUCAUACUUAUUCCAGGUGUUAAAAUCCUUUUCAGUUGAAAUUAUUGAAGGCAAAACUUCUUUUUGGGCUACAGAGCUGAUGGAUUUACUGUUUUUCAUUGUUGCAUGUUAUUUUCCUGUGCUACAGUUGAAAACAAAAACUUGAUUUUAAUAACUUAAGUGUAUUUUUUUUUCCACUCCAAAUGAUAUUAAAGAGGCUGUGUGUCCCUUUCAA